GAAAGUUAGCCGCGCUGAGCGAACGACUCUCGCGGCCAGCGAGCGGGAGCGGCGUGCCGCGCACGCACGAUACGCGCCUACACCGGUGCCGGCUUUGCCGUCCUUGCAUUUCCCAUGCAUUCGCUCGAGUGAACCGAUGCACUUUAAUGUUCGAGUAAAUAAGACACAGUGCUGAAGAUUUCCGCAUUCGAUGUGUAUUUACUAACAAUGCGUAGACGCUUCGUAGUUUUUAUUUAAUAUAUUAUAGACUGAGAUAGGACUUUUUGGAAGAACUAUGCAGUGCUAUCCAAAGUUAUCACCGAAGCACGAGCCGUUAGACGGCGGAUGUGAGGAGAUUCUGCCGGUGGUCCGCCGGGCAGAGUUGCCGGCUCCACCAGGCAAGGAGUUCCGGGCACCGAUACUGCUGGCUGCAUCAGCUCCGAUGCCCACACAUUCGGUCAUACAGUGUAUGCGCCCGCCACCACCUCCACCUCCUCCACCACCACCGCGUCUCCAUAAGCCGCCAUCCUUUGAGGAACCAUCCAGCUCCAUUCCGGAUUUAGAGUUCGAUGGUACCACAGUUCUAUGCCGUGUUUGCGGCGACAAAGCCAGUGGAUUCCACUAUGGCGUUCAUUCCUGUGAAGGUUGCAAGGGUUUCUUUCGGCGGUCCAUACAACAGAAGAUCCAAUACAGGCCGUGCACGAAAAACCAGCAAUGUUCUAUACUUAGGAUUAAUAGAAAUCGGUGUCAAUACUGCCGAUUGAAAAAAUGCAUCGCCGUAGGCAUGAGCAGAGAUGCUGUCCGGUUCGGACGCGUGCCAAAGCGUGAAAAGGCGCGAAUCCUCGCUGCUAUGCAGCAGUCAUCGUCCUCGCGGGCGCAUGAGCAGGCUGCGGCCGCGGAACUCGAUGAUGGGCCGCGGCUGUUGGCUCGCGUCGUCCGCGCGCACUAUGACACCUGCGAGUUCACCAGUGACCGUGUCGCAGAGAUGCGGGCGCGCGCUCGUGAUUGUCCCACCUAUUCACAACCCACUUUGGCCUGUCCACUAAACCCAGCGCCAGAGCUACAAUCGGAGAAAGAAUUCUCCCAAAGAUUCGCUCACGUAAUACGUGGUGUGAUCGACUUCGCUGGUCUCAUCCCUGGUUUCCAGCUACUGACACAAGAUGACAAGUUCACAUUAUUGAAAAGUGGUCUCUUUGACGCAUUGUUUGUGCGUCUAAUCUGCAUGUUCGAUGCGCCGCUUAAUAGUAUAAUAUGCCUUAAUGGACAGCUUAUGAAGCGCGACUCCAUUCAGAACGGUGCCAACGCUCGAUUUCUCGUGGACUCAACUUUUAAAUUCGCAGAGCGAAUGAAUUCCAUGAACUUAACAGACGCCGAAAUCGGUCUCUUCUGUGCAAUCGUGCUCAUCACUCCUGACCGACCAGGUCUUCGCAACGUGGAGCUAGUAGAAAGAAUGCAUGCACGACUCAAAUCAUGCCUGCAGACAGUCAUAGCUCAAAACAGACCUGACAGGCCUGGAUUCCUUCGGGAACUAAUGGAUACACUUCCUGAUUUGAGAACUCUCAGUACGCUACAUACAGAGAAACUCGUCGUGUUCCGCACAGAACACAAAGAAUUGUUAAGGCAAAAGAUGUGGGGAGAUGAAGAAGGUGUCUCAUGGGCAGAUUCUGGAGCUGAUGAAUCAGCGAGGAGUCCCAUCGGCUCUGUAUCGAGCAGUGAAUCUGGUGAAGCUAUUGGAGAUUGCGGCACACCUCUGCUGGCCGCCACGCUAGCUGGCCGCAGACGACUUGACUCGAGAGGGUCUGUUGAUGAGGAAGCUCUUGGCGUGGCCCAUCUUGCACACAAUGGCCUCACAGUUACACCAGUGCGCCCGCCCCCUCGCUACCGCAAGCUUGAUUCACCCACCGACUCUGGCAUCGAGUCUGGAAAUGAAAAGCAUGAAAGAAUAGUAGGACCAGGUUCUGGUUGUUCCAGCCCACGGUCCUCACUCGAAGACCACCCAGAAGACAGGCGGUCACAGAUCUCAGGGCCUGCUGAUGACAUGCCCGUUUUGAAACGUGUGCUUCAAGCACCCCCACUAUAUGACGCAAGCUUACUUAUGGACGAGGCAUACAAACCACACAAGAAGUUCCGAGCGAUGCGUCGAGACACCGGUGAGGCGGAAGCGAGGCCAGCGAGGCCGACACCUUCACCGCAGCCGCAACAUCCGCAUCCAGCGAGCCCCUCCCAUCCAGCGCAUUCGCCACGCCCGAUGCGAGUGUCACUAUCCUCAACACACUCGGUCCUAGCGAAAAGUCUAAUGGAGGGUCCAAGAAUGACACCAGAGCAAUUAAAGCGCACUGACAUCAUUCAGCAGUACAUGCGACGGGGUGAAACAGCAGGCGAAUGUCCCGCGCGCGCUGGCUUAUUGGCUUGCUAUCGUGGCGCGUCCCCAGCACCUGCACCCGUAUUAGCACUGCAAGUAGACGUCGCGGAGGCGGAUGCGCCGCAGCCGCUCAACCUCUCCAAGAAGUCGCCGUCGCCACCACGCCCCUACAUGCCGCAGAUGCUGCCCGCGUGAGGCCGGCCCGCGGAGCCGCACGUCUCCGCCACCCCACCCCGACCUACAUUAAAUUAAAUGAAAAAAAACUAGUUAAUAAUCGUUCGCAGAUCGUUUUAAUAUAUUAUAUGUGAUAAUUCGUUUAGGAAGUGUGCGUGCGUGGCCGGCGCCGGACGAGGAGAGCGCAUACAGACUGAAAAUAAUUUAAUUAAGACUAUAAUAUGUAAGUGUAAUUUAUAAUAAUGCAAUGGAGCGCCGGUCGCGGUAUGUUUGUGUGUGUAUCGUAUGUGCGUAUGUGAGCGUGCUCAGUCAUUUGUUUGUUAAUAUAAAUAAUGACAGGUUGUCGAAUUAAAACAAACUUGUAAAAAUUGUCUCUG